AAUUAAACUUGGUAUCGGGUUUUAUUCGAGUACUUAUAUUGAUAAUUUCUCAGUACUGGGUUCUAAAGUAUCGAUGCCAGAAUUACUUGGCUGCUAACGAAAUGUAUCGAAAAUCCCCUUAAUUAGACGGAGCAUAUCAAAAUUGUAUUAAAAAAAUAAAUACUUCGAUAGUAUCAUGCCUUCGUUAGAAGCUCCAAAUAAUGGAGCGGAUUCGUCUACCCAAGGCGACGACCACUCAAAGCCAAUGAGUGGGCCAAUAAUUGGAAUAAUUUAUCCUCCUCCGGAGGUAAGAAAUAUUGUUGACAAAACGGCUAGUUUUGUUGCUAGAAAUGGGCCUGAAUUUGAAGCAAGAAUUCGCCAAAAUGAGUUGGGUAAUGCCAAAUUUAAUUUUUUAAGCGCAGGGGAUCCAUAUCAUGCCUACUAUAGACAUAAAGUAAAUGAAUUUCGGGAAGGAAAGGAUGCUACUGGGGGUCCGAGUGUUGUCACAGGAAUAAAACAAUUAUCUGUUACCAGCGCUGCGCAGCAAAAGCAACAGGAACUUUUGAAACAAGUUUCGGAACAGCAAUUUGUGCCAAGGGAUCCUCCUACCGAUUUUGAGUUCAUUGCAGAUCCCCCAUCUAUUUCAGCUUUAGAUUUGGACAUUGUUAAGCUAACAGCUCAGUUUGUAGCUCGUAAUGGUCGACAAUUUCUGACAAACUUGAUGAACCGCGAACAGCGUAAUUUCCAAUUUGACUUUUUACGACCUCAGCACUCUUUGUUCCAAUAUUUCACUAAGCUAUUAGAACAAUACACCAAAAUAUUAAUUCCGCCAAAAGAUCUCUUAAAUAAACUACGUUCAGAAUGCGCGGAUGGUCGAUCUAGUAUUAAUUUAGUUUUGGAUCAAGUAAAAUAUCGAGCAAAUUGGCAGAAACAUCAGGAAGCGCAGCGCCGUCGGGAAGAAGAGAAAGUUGAGAAAGAAAGAGUGGCUUACGCCCAAAUCGACUGGCAUGAUUUUGUGGUUGUCGAAACUGUAGACUACCAACCUUUCGAAACGGGUAACUUUCCACCACCAACUACACCUGAAGAAGUUGGGGCUCGUGUACUAAUGGAGGAGCGCUUGAUGGAAGAAGAUGGAGACAUUGAAAUGCAGAUUGAAUCAGAUGAAGAGGAUGGCCUAGAUGAAUCUUCUGUCGUUAAACUGUCGCAAAUGGAAAAUCGUACUGGCAUACAAAUGAAAGGUUUCUCCUUUAAUCACCAGCCGACAAAUGCCAAGAAGGAUAAUAACCAAGUCCAAGAUAUGGAUGAGGCCAGCAGUGAUGAAGAUACGCCUUCAAACUCUAAGACUCAACCUCCAGUUACACCACUACUGCCACCAACACAUGAUAAGGUAGUUGUUAAAAAAUACGAUCCGAAAACAAGUCAACAGAAGCAGCCAAAACAAGGUGUUGCCGAUGAAUAUCUAAUUUCUCCAAUAACAGGGGAAAAAAUACCAGCUUCAAAAGUUGCCGAACAUAUGCGAAUCGGUUUAUUGGAUCCACGUUGGGUUGAGCAGCGUGAUAAGCACACUGUUGAAAAAAUUAAUCAAGACACAGUAUACGCCGCUGGUACCGCCAUUGAAGCAAGUUUAAAACAGUUGGCAGAGCGUCGCACAGAUAUUUUCGGUGUGGGCGAUGAGGAGACAGUAAUUGGUAAAAAAUUGGGAGAAGAAGAAACUAAAAAAGACGAUCGGGUCACUUGGGAUGGUCAUACAUCAAGUGUGGAGGCAGCAACGCGGGCAGCUCGAGCUAAUAUAACUUUGGAGGACCAGAUUCAUCAAAUUCAUAAAGUAAAGGGACUAUUACCAGAUGAAGAAAAAGAAAAAAUCGGUCCGAAACCAGUGGGCAACAAAACUAUUUUGUCGGCGCCCCCUUUGUCACCUCAGACAGCUUCGAAGGGACAUGUUCAAGUUUCACAUCACUCGCUUUCUCAUCUUCAUCCACCACAACAACAAUCACAACAGCAAACGCACCCUCCACCAUCUUCCCAUAAUUUAUCCCCUACGGCAACACCAGUCAUGAUAAUGCCAAUAAGACCACCACCACCAAUGAUGCCACCACCAUUCCCAGUUGGUGGCUACAUGACUCCUUUACAGACGGCUGGACCACCCCAAAUGACACCAGGAUCGAAUGUGGUAGAACAAUCAAUAUUGUCUAUUCCUCCAAUACCAGUGGAUGAGGAACCACCAAAUAAGAAAAUGCGUUCGGAAGAUAAUCUGAUACCCGAAGAAGAAUUUAUAGCAAAACAUAAGAGUCCUAUUACUAUCCAAAUACAGAUUCCAAACGUAGUUGAUAAGUCAGAAUGGAAACUGAACGGACAAACUAUUGCCUUUUCAUUAUCUCUCUCAGAUACUGUUUCCAAUCUCAAAGCAAAGAUUCAAGAUGACACGGGAAUGCCACCUGCGAAACAAAAAAUUUCUUAUGAGAUUCGCAGCUAUGAACGCUUCACGGUUUGGAUUAUCCGUUUACAUGCAAUAUCUGCGCUAAAGCUUCGCGCCGGCAAAAUCCACUUAUUAACCACAUCAAAACUCAUAAAGAAUAGAGUACACAACACCAUCAUCAGCGGGCACAUAUCGAUCCCAAGCCGUAUAAAUAUGUCCAUGAAUACGAUGGAGCUCAGCCAGUGCCGCCUCUGCUGCCGCCAUCAUCCGUUGCGUUUUUGCCGCGUAUUUCAAGCAAUGAGACCUGAUGAGCGGUACGAGUCUGCGCGUAUACAAGUUAUCACGGGAAGCACAGUCAGGUUUUCCAUUACCUGAAAUUGUUGCGCGUGGCCUGACUCAGCAGGAUCGGCACAACAAGUAGCGCAGACAGUCGAAAGAAACAUUGCGUCAAUUGCUAGGCGACGUCGCAUUCAGCCGGUUCCUGUAGCUCAGCCGACAGCUGUCACAGGUGCGGGAAGGCCCAUCACACAAUGCUGCAUCGUCCAACAUCAUCGCCUCCGGAAAGCACUCGCCGUACUGACUCGCAUGCACAAGUUCGCCAUGGACGAUCGACUCUAGCCAGCCGUGUGAUUAAACUAGCCGCAAAGCAAGCUCACAGCGGCAAUACCCAAAGCCCAAACGAAGGGCUAGUGCAACUACAGUAAAUCACGAGAAGACGAAGUGACGUCAACUGUCAACUGAGAGCAGAAGGAGAAUAGCUAAUUAAAUAUUGCAGACCGGAAAUUGCAGCUACCAGAAAAAACGAAAAACCAUGAAAUUAAUGUAAGUUGGGAGACUCAGUUUUCUGUUUGAAUUAAUAAAUUUUUAAGUGAAUAUUUAAAUUACAACAAAUUGAUUUUCUGAGUGAAUAUUUAAAGUAAGGCAAGUGCUUUUUAAAUGAAUAUUUAGGACAAAAUUUUCGAAGUAAAAUUUUUGAAUAAAAACGAGCAAAUUUUUUAGUGGAUAUUUAAAUUGAUAAAAAUUAUUUAUUUGUUGCCCGGUAUAUGAACGGCCCGACGGUAGACCUAACUGACCUAAUUUCUAACUUCGAAAGUAUUGACCUAACAGAACAAAUGGAAAUUAAAAUGAACGAAGCACAGCUCAAGAAAGUAGUAAACACGGCCGUCUUCGCCGCGUUAGGAAUGCAGAGACGAGAGUUUGAGGAUAAACUUAAGGUCAUGCAAGACCAAAUAGUGUAUUUAUCUCAAAAGCCAAUAGUAACGAAAUAUGAAAAAAUUAGGAUUAUAUCAGGCCGAACCUGCGAGGAAUCGCUGGACGUGUUAAAAACAUUGCCCGAAUUUUCAGGACAACCCGACUAUUAUGUGUCCUGGCGUGAGGCGGCACAUAACGCAUACAAAAUUUUCAAAGGCUUCGAUGGUAGCUCAUGGCACUAUCAAGCCGUUAUCAUUAUACGGAAAAAAAUCCGCGGUACUGCCGAUGCGCUCUUGUCAUCGUUUAGCAGAGUCCUAAAUUUUGACGCCAUUAUAGCGCGUCUGGACUUCACGUACUCCGAUAAGCGACCGAUAUAUUUAGUGGAGCAAGAGUUAUCCACAUUAAGGCAGGGCUCUUCCAGUGUCCUGGAAUUUUGCGACGAGGUCGAGAAAAACUGUCCUUACUUGCCAAUAAAACAAAAAUGUCCCACGAAGCGAACAUUGCAGAUGCAAUUAAUAAAAAAUAUCGGGAAAAUGCUCUUAGGGUGUUUAUUUCUGGGCUCAGGAGGCUACUGAUCUGCCGUCCGCGUUGGCACUCGCUCAGGAGGUCGAUGCAAAUCACGUAUGGUAUAUUUUCGCGGCCAGUUUCCCAAAUAGGUGGACCGACGUCACAAAAAAAUCAGAAAACAGCCAAAGGGGUAACAGGGACAACAAUAGUCAGAACACGUACAAUAGGGCAAACCCUGAUAACCAAAAAAAUCCUCAUUUCGUGACGCAAUAUAGGAGUAAUCGCCAAACAAAUUCUAGUCAGCAUCGGUAGGGGGAAAAUCGGGCCUCACAGCCUCAGCAGCAACCGAUGGAUGUAGAGCCCUCGUCAUCUCGCCUACGGCAAAUUACAAAUUCUGCAGGAAAUGAACAAUUUCAGAAGCGCCAGGCGUCCUCCGACCGACGUACGUGACCCAAACUCCAAAGAGUGAAUCAUUUGAGCCAAACUCACGAUAAAGAGUCUUGCUCAGAGUCAUAUGAAGAUUUGUCUGAGCCAAUUGUUGAGGACCUAGAAGCAGAGGAAGUGAAUUUUUUAGGGGAAGAUCUCUCCUGCCCUGGAUUUCUUGUCGACACGGGAGCCUCCAAGAAUUACAUCUGACCUCUAGAGGGCCUAAAGGGGGUUAAGCCUGUCGAUAAAAAAUUUACAGUGAAAUUCAUACAUGGAUUCACAAAUAUUAUAAACAAAUGCAAGGUGCACUUAUUUGGAGUUGUAACAGAGUUCUUCAUUUUGCCAGAUCUAACUCUGUUUGAUGGGAUCGUAGGCCUAGACCUGCUUAAUAAGGUUCACGCGAAUAUCAAUUUAAAAAAAGACAUUAUAGAAUACGACUCUGGUAAGGAAAAAAUUCAAAUGGUGGUGAAAUAAGAGACCUCCUGCAAAAUGGCACUAUACGACGUUCACGAUCACCCUAUAACAAUCCCAUUUGGGUAGUGGACAAAAAAGGCCUCGAUGAAAACGGGAUAAAAAAGAAAAGAUUAGUAAUUGACUUCCGUAAACUGAACGGAAAAACAAUAGAGGACUCAUACCCCAUCCCAAAUGUAGGGGUAAUACUAUCAAACUUGGGCAAGGCCCAACUUUUUACAGCCCUGGAGUUUUCAGUGUGUAAUGGCAAGUGCGAAUUCUGCCGUCUUCCCUUUGGUCUGAAGAAUGCUCCGGGUAUUUUUCAGAGGGCGAUUUACGACGUCCUUAGGGAACAUAUUGGCAGAUACUGUUUUGUUUAAAUUGACGAUGUAAUAAUUUUCUCACAAGACAAGGAAGCCCAUUUGAAACAUGGAGAGGUUGUUCUGAAAUGCUUGCUUGAAACAAACAUGAGGGUCUCAGUAGAAAAAGCUAAAUUUUUCAAGACAGAACUCGAGUACCUUGGCUUUCAAAUUUCGAAAGGAGGAAUAAAAACCAGCCCUCAAAAAAUCGAAGCAAUUCAAAAUUUCCCGCAACCAACAACAUUAAGGGACGUUCGGUCUUUUUUAGGAAUGACAGGUUACUAUAUAUGCUUCAUCCGCGACUAUGCAAAAAUUGCAAAACCUCCAACCAAUAUCCUAAGAGGCGAAUUUGGAAAGGUAUCUGCCUCUCAAUCAAAGAAAAUUAAAAUUUUAUUCGACAAAGACCAAACUAACGCAUUUAUUAAAUUAAGGAAUAUACUUGCGUCAGAAGAUGUCAUGCUAGCCUAUCCAGACUUUCGACCUAACUACUGACGUUUCUUCACACGCCCUUGGCGCGGUUCUCUCUCAGGAAGGGAGACCUAUUACGAUGAUUUCAAGGACACUCGAUAAAAAAGAGGAGCAUUCUGCCACGAAUGAUCGGGACUCUUGGCCAUUGUAUAGGCUCUUAAAACGCUUACACAUUAUUUGUAUGGUGUUAGGGAGUUGAACAUUUAUACCGAUCAUCAACCCCUAACCUUUGCGGUACCUGAUCGCAACCCAAACCCAAAAAUAAAAAGGUGGAAGGCUUUUAUCGAAGCAUAUAAUGCAAAACUUCACUAUAAGCCAGGGAAAGACAAUUUAGUAGCCGAUGCUUUAUCACGCCAAUUUAUAAAUUCCUUAGGCCCUGAACAUGAAUCAGAUGCCGCCACUAUUCACAGCGAGCAAUCGCUCACCUAUACGGUGGAAACAGUCUCUAAACCAGUAAACGUCUAUAGGAAUCAAUUAAUUUUGGAAUCACGCCAACACCCGUUCAAGAGAACAUUUGUCAUUUUCGGAAACAAAUUACGUCACUUUCUUACAUUUCCUGAUAGCGAAACUUUGUUCAAAAUGCUACUAGAAGUAGUAAAAUCUGACGUAGUCAAUGGUAUUCAUUGCGAGCUACCUUUGCUAGCACAGAUUCAGCAUUGGCUGGUAAACACGUUCCCAAACACCACAUUCCGCCACAUAAAUAAAUUUGUUACAGACAUUUUUGAUCCUAACGAACUAAUGGAAAUAAUUGCACAGGGCAUAAUAGAGCUCAUCGUGCUUCCCAGGAAAAUGUCAAGCAAAUACUGCAUGACUAUUUUUUUCCAAGAAUGGAGAAAAAAGCUAGGGAAGUAGCAGCAAAUUGUAAAAUCUGUGUAAAGGCUAAAUACGUUAGGCACCCAGUGAAGCAUCCCAUAGGAAAAACACCUGUUCCCAUAUUUCCCGGGGAAAUCCUUCAUGUCGAAAUUUUUUCGACCAAUGCUACCUACUUCCUUACUUGCGUGGGCAAGCUGUCAAAAUUUGCGGUAGUGCAACCCAUUCCCUCACGAACCAUAAUCGAUAUUAAACCGCGCGUUUUGCAAAUGGUCAACCUGUUCACAGGAACUAGAACUAUUUUCUGCGAUAAUGAAAAAUCGCUUAAUUCAAAUACAAUAAAAUCUUGUGUCAGAGAUCUCUUUAACAUCGAAAUCGUAAAUUCUCCGCCCCUGCAUAGUACUUCUAAUGGGUAGGUUGAGAGAUUUCACAGCACCAUAGAAGAAAUUGCUAGGUGUCUGAAACUGGAAAAAGGAAUUGAGGACACUACGGACCUAAUUUUACUUGCCACAAUUGAAUAUACUGUAACAGGCGAGAAACCUUAAGAUAUCUUCCAUUCGUGGGUAGGUGGGACCGGAGCCAAGAAAAAAGUAGAAAAAGCGCAGGAAGCAACACUAAAAACCCAUAACAAAAACAGAAUAGCAAGAACAUUUGCGGUGGAAGAAAUGGUGCAUAUUAAGUCAAAUAAACGUCUAGGAAAUAACCUCACUCCCUUGCAUGUAGAAGGCAUAGUUCAGGAGGACCUGGGUUCCACGGUCAGGAUUAGCGGUAGGAUAGUUCACAAGGAUAAUCUUCGUUAGCUAAAGCAAGAGAACAAUUUUUAACUGUAAGUCCUAAAUAUAUUUUCCUUUACAUCUGUCUUUCUUUCUCUUUUUCCUUUUUCUCCCUUUUUAUUUUCCUUUCUUUAGCACUCUGACCCUUAAGCUUUUCAUGACCUCGCCUUCGACAGACGGCAAAAUUGUGGACUACUCACACUCAGACUACUUACCGAUUGCAGACGGCGAUGUAGUUUUAGGGAACUCAUAUGGUUACAUUAGACAUACGACAAUCCUGUCGGCCUACGCAGAAUUGACCAUUGACACCCGCUCUGCACUACGAGUGUACCCACAUAGUCACAUGACGAAACUGAUGAUGGCGGACUUGGAACGAAUCGAAAAGCUUCUCCGAACAGUAAUUGGACCAACAAGACACCAACGUAGCCUGAACUUCUUGGGAACUGCUCUCAAGGUCGUAGCAGGCACGCCGGACUUCGACGACUUUCAAAAGGUGGCGAUAGAACUUGAUAAAGUUAGGGAAAAUAACAAUCAGCAGGUAGAAAUAAACUCAAAAUUUCAGGAACAAGUUACCGAUUUAACUAAUACGGUAAAUGAAAUUUUAAAGGCAGAAAAACGGGAACAAAUAGAUACCGGGAACCUUUAUGAAAUUCUUUCGGCCAGAAAUAGGGCUGUGAUUACAGACCUAGAUAAUAUUAUGAUAUCAAUCGCUCUAGCACAACUAGGUUUACUAAAUCCAAUUAUUUUUGAUAACGCUGAAAUUGAUUCAAGCCUGAAGACCGAGUCUCUCCACAAUUUAACUGUAACUGAUUUACUGUUAGUUUCUAGGUUUUAAGUUUACCAUGACAAUAACCUCCUUCAUUUCUUAGUUAAGUAUCCUGGACCUAAGAUUAUUUGUAAAAGAAAAAUUAUUUUACCUAUAGCGCACAACAACAAAAUGCUAUCACAACGAAACUACGCUGUAGCAGUUUGUGGUAAAGACAUAUAUUCCUUAGACGACUGUGCAGGAACAGCUAUGAAAUUUUGCAGAAAAUCGAACAUCUCGACUUGCGCUCAACAAUUAAUAGCCAGCACCACAGCAAAUUGCACAACCACAUUUGGCGAACUAGAUCCUGUUCAAGAGGUUGAUAAUGGCAUGGUCGUUAUAAACGAUCGCACCGCCACAGUAAUAUCUAAUAAUGAAACUAUAUCGCUGAAAAGGGGUACUUACCUGGUGACGUUUUUAGACAAGGCUAGCGUGAAUGAAACGACCUUUGUCAAUCGAAAUGCCCUUCAGAUAAAAGUAGCAGAGAUCCCACUCAGAUAAACAUAACCGGACACGAUGACAUAAUGAGCCUACCUUACUUGCGACAUCGGGCACUAGAAAACCGCCAGCUGAUGGAGCAACUAAAUGAUGGUUAUAAGACAGGAUUGACAGCAACAUCACUAAUCAUACUGGCCAUCAUCGGCGUGCUGCUUCUCAUGACUACUUUCCCUAGAAAGCAAAAUAUACAAGCUCCAAUAGUAAGAGUAGUAGAAAACAUCACGCAAGCGUCAACUAGAAGGUCCGAGGACGUCCCUCGCUUAGGAGGGGAAGAGUUAUCACGGGAAGCACAGUCAGGUUUGCCAUUACCUGAAAUUUUUGCGCGUGGCCUGACUCAGCAGGAUCGUCACAACAAAUAGCGCAGACAGUCGAAA